AAAGGAUUAAUUAUAUUUGCAUAAAACGAUCAUCAAGUAUAUUGAACGAAAGGCCAAUUAAUUUUGAUCGCAUACGCUUCAGUAAUUAUGCCGUACUAAAUUAUCCACAAACUAUAAAUAAUUAUUCUCAAUAUCCACCUUAAGACUCUGUAGAAGGGUUAAUUAAGGAAUUAAAAACCCUAAAUGACAGAGAGACCACAAGGUUGUGAGGUAUUUUUGUGCUCAAAGUUGAAAACACGCGUUUUAAAACUGUUUAGUGUUUGGCGCCAAUUAUUGUGCGUUGUGUGACGCGUGUCACGCAUCACCGCUUUCUAUCUUUAUGAAAGAGCCUUAUAACUUGUCACGAAUUACAUUCGCUCAUAAUUUCCUGCAUUAAGGAAGCAUCUCUUGAUCUGAACGCUAUCAUCUCCCAGAUGUAAUUGAAAUUCUCCUUAAGAGUCAAGGGCUAUACAGAGAAGAAGCUUACCUUAAAUCCUUCACACUGCAAUGGAAACAAACUCGAACGGCCCUCUGCUACCUGAGGAGCCUGGUGACGACGGCCAGGAGCCCAUCGCCGGCCCACUGCUGCCUGAAGAACCUGGUGACGAAGAGCUGCCUUUGAUGACUUUAAGUCCUGACCUGGAUCAGCGCCAGCGAGCAAAGGCAUUGAGCCAGCUGUCUCUCCAAUCACUAGGUAGCGAAAAUUAUGACGCGGCAGAUGCUGGGGAUGAUGAAGAAUCGGAUAAAUACGAAAACAAAGUGAAACCAUUGAAACUGCACCAGGCCUCUUUGACCGGAGACGAGGCUGAAGUCAGACACAUAUUGAGUAGAGACUCUGAUGUGAAUCUCGUGGACAAGUCAGGAAGAACUCCAAUUCACAAUGCCAUAUUAGGGCGUCACGUGAAAAUCAUGGAGAUGCUCUUGGAGGCUGGGGCUGACACAACUCGUCUGGAUGAGAGUCAAGACGCACCAAUUCAAACUGCGGUUCGAUCUGGGGACGAGAACCUUGUUGGGGUUUUUCUUCGACGUGCUUAUAGUGACGUAGACAUUAGAGGACACAGCUCGCGAACCGCCCUUCACAUCGCUGCCGAUAUGGACAAAGUAUCCAUCUGUAAAUUACUGAUGGAGCACGGAGCCUCUCCAGACUGCCGUGAUAACGAAAAAAUGACGCCACUGACACGUGCUGUUGAAAAAGGAUCCAAGAACACGGCGACUUUUCUCUUUGAUGAUGCUAAGGCAAGGAAGAAAGACAUGAAGAAAAUACUUUGCAAUGUGGAUUCUGAGAAAAGCACUCUGCUUCACUUGGCGGUUGAAAGUGGAAACUCUGAGGUUGUACAACUUUGUCUGGAAAAUGGCGCUAUCAUUCGACAGCCAAAGGGUAGUCAUGGAAUUACUGCAUUCCACGAGGCGUGCGCUCAAGGAUCUCUGGACAUAGUUCAACUCUUCACGUCUAAAGAUCCCUCCAUUUGUCGAAUUACUUUGAUUGACAGCCAAGGUUUGACUCCCCUGCACAUGGCUGCGCGCAACAACCACUCAGACGUUGUAGAAUAUCUUUUAGAACAGGGUGCUUCAGUUGACCCCCGUGACAAACUCUGCCGCACCCCUCUCUUCUUAGCAGCCGCGGAAGGUGGGACAGGGUCUGUUCAAGCGCUGAUAACAGCUGGUGCUGACGUCACGGUGAAGGAUGUAGAUUUGCAAUCUUGCGUGAGAGUGGCCGUGGGACACACAGCUACUCUGGAAGUAUUACUACAGGAUCGCACGGCUUUCCGGUUGAUAACUGAAAAGGACAUCACAGGGUUUGCCCCAGUCCACUACGCGGCAAAACAUGGCCAUCUUCAGGACAUCUUAAUGUUCAUGGAUCGAAAUAAAGCAGCUACUACUGUGACGUCAUAUGGACUGGACACAGCACUCCACGCCGCCGCCAGAUAUGGCUGGCACGAAGUAGUUGGAGCGCUGCUGACCGAUCGUAACAUUCGUUCCAUUAACCUCAAAGACUGUCAAGGAAAGACAGCUCUACACUUCGCAUGCGUAGAAGGGCACGACCGAGUGGUUGAACUUUUGCUUAAUCUUGGUGCCACUGUGGAAAAGGAUCAUAACGACAGAACAGCCCUCCAUAUUGCAGCUAUAAGAGGAUCCAAGAGAUGCGUGCAAUAUAUUCUACAACAUCACCCUAAGUGCAUUAACCUCUUUGACAAAAAUCAGAACACCGCUCUACAUUUAGCCGCCAUCCAUGAUUCUCCUGAAGUUGUAUCGUGCUUGCUGUCUUAUCCGGAACAGGAGAUCCUCUUGAACAAUAAGAAUCAUAAUGUUUUGGACGCUGCAUUGAAUUCUGACAGGAAAAGCGUGUCACUUGCUAUAGCCAGUCACGAGAGGUUAGUUAAAGAAAAUCACUCAUUCGAUUCAAGCAUCCAGUGUUCUGCGCGUGACAAAUCACGUGCGCUACACGUGAUCAACACAAGUCUGUCUGUAAUUAGUUUCUUGAACUGUGAAUCCGCAUGGGAAUUAUGUAUAGUUUUUGCCUAAUCGCUCGUUUUGCAUAAUUUGCCGCCAAGGGACAUUCAUUCUCUUUUGACCAAACUGCACUUGUCAGCUCCAUAUAGGAGGACCUCCCGCGUAUAGGGGCCCUUAGAUGCGGAUCUUUAGAUGUCCUUCUGGGUGGUUCAACUGCAUUGAAGGGUUGGAAGGACUGACCCCUUAUUAUUCUUUGCUAUAGUUUAAAGUACCCAUAAUGUCAAAAAUGUUUUUCGCUCAUCUAAUUCUACAUUUCACC